AUGGAGUAUGAGUUCUUAAUCGCUGGGUUGCAAAGUAAAGUGCAAAGUUUGGAGAUUGAGCUAGAAGCAGCUUGUGAUCGUUUAGUUCAAGUUCAUGCUGGAAUGCUGGCUUCAUCGCAGCAGGAUGUAAGGGACGAGUUAUAUAAAGUGUUGGUGUUGAUUUAUCUGCGAUCCAACCUGCGAGGAGUAGCCUAUGGUCGGUGACUGGUGAAAAGAGACCGAUGUUGAGUGGAAUCACAUUGUCGUUGGGUAUUGCUGGACACACAUCUCGGCAGAACUUUCGGGUGGUUGAUGUUAGAGAAGAUUUAUAUUGGGACUGGACUUCUUGCAACAACACAACUGUCACAUUGACAUAAAGGAUAUGACAAUCGAAGUUAGAAAUGUGACUCUGCCAUUAUUGUAUCUUAGCAACAAGAGUUUGAGUUUUGCUUGUUAUCGAGUGGUUGCAAUGGAAGACAUUCGUGUAAUGCCACACACAGAAGCAAUAAUCCCAGCGAAGAUUUUAGAUUACUCUGGUGGAUCAACUUUGGGGAUUAUUAAGCCUAACCACAUCGAAGCGAUACCUGGUCUAAUGGUUGGUCCUGACAAAGUUAUGUAG